AACCACAAGGCUCGUCACGCAGUUUGGCCGAGUAUUCCAGACCCAUUGCUCUCUCUCUCUCUCUCUCUCUCUCUCUCUAUGGCUUAGGUGUCGCGUCAAAUGACGUGUAUGUAUCAUUCCGAGUUAAACCAUAUCCACCCACUUCCCAGGUCUAUCUCGAAGGCGACUGUAGAACGCGUGCCGACUCCACAUGGGCCAGGAAUUUCAGAUUUUCAUUGACCAAGAAUAAACCACCCUUCACGGCCGGUUUCUCGUACAACACCAUAACCACGCUCAGCGACGACACCCGUGCAGAUUAUCAGCGAGCCAGCAAGAAAACAAAGUUGGUGACUACUGGGCCACCCAGGCCGUUCAAACACUCAGGCCAUCGCGUUUCAACCCGUGCUUGCGGCUCAAACAGAAAUACAAGAUCGUCCCACAGGCUUUCUGUGGGCUUGCGCAGUAUUAAGCGCGGACUGACACGCGAUGCUGCUCGCACAAGGUUUACCCUCCAGCUCUGGCAGGACAGUGGGAAGAGACCAAUAUCUGAACAUAGAGGAUACAAAUGUCGAUCUAGACCUAGACGCCAUACCAACCCACCCUCUGGGCAUCAAGCCACUCGGGAACCAAUAUCUGGCCACGGGACCAACCGCAAGACGGUCUCUUGGACCUCUGGGCAUUCUUCCGGAUGAGCUGAUUCUACAUCUGGCCGACUACCUCGAUGCUCCCUCUCUAAGAGGUCUGGCCUCAACUUGCCGCUUUCUGUUCGGGUUCGGGCAGCUCGAUGAUUUGUGGAAGUCCCUUUUCCUCGAGUCACACCACAACAUUGCUCCUGCACCCACAUGGCGAGGAUCUUGGCGUAACACUUUCCUGGGAUUAGAGACUGGCCAGGGAGCCCGAAUCGACUGUGGAAAUGUCUAUUCGGACGUGCUGCAUCGUCCCUUCGCCUGCAGCCACAUCAACCUGAAGAAGCACAUUCGCAACAUCCCUGCACAGAACUUGAUAGCCCACCUCGACGAUCUCGAUUUUGACGAGUUUUCAGCGUCGUGGAGUAAUAGGCCGUUCAUUCUGACAAAGAGCAUCGACUCGUGGCCUGUACUCCGGGAGUGGACCAUUGCAGGGCUGCAGCGGAAUUACUCACAGGUCUCAUUUCGGGCUGAGGCCGUAGACUGGCCAAUGUCCGUCUACAGUGCUUAUAUGAGUCACAGCAAAGACGAGAGCCCGCUUUACCUGUUUGACAAGGCUUUUGCGGAGAAAAUGCACGUGCAGGUCGGUAAGGGGGGACUCUACUGGCCGCCGGACUGCUUCGGGCCUGACCUAUUUGCCCUUCUUGGGAAAGAACGACCGGCACACCGGUGGCUUAUCGUAGGUCCGGAGCGUAGCGGCUCGACGUUCCACAAAGAUCCCAACGCAACAAGCGCUUGGAACGCUGUAGUCGAAGGCUCCAAGUACUGGAUCAUGUUCCCACCUUCGGCGCAGGUCCCGGGGGUCUACGUCUCCGAGGACAGCAGUGAGGUCACGAGUCCGCUGAGCAUCGCUGAAUGGCUGCUCGAGUUUCACGCGGAAGCCCGAGAACAACCUGGCUGCGUAGAGGGCAUCUGCAGAGCUGGCGAGAUAUUGCAUGUGCCCAGUGGCUGGUGGCACCUGGUUGUCAACCUCGAGCCCGGCAUUGCCUUGACGCAGAACUUUGUGCCCAAGUCGCACCUGGCAGAUGUUCUGUCCUUUCUGAGAGACAAACCGGACCAGGUCACUGGAUUCAAAAAGGACAUUGAGAACCCGUACGAGCUGUUUGUCAGUCGUCUGCAGGACCAACAUCCGGAAUUGCUGGAAGAAGCUCUGCAAGAUUUGGACCGGAGGAGCCAGAACAAGAAGAGGAAGUGGGAAGAGGCGACCAAGCCCAUCGAGGAGAACGGAGUCGCAGGGGGCGGGUUUAGUUUUGGGUUUGGUGGUGACAGUGAUGAUGAGAUACCUUGAUAAUUCAUCAUAGACUAAGAAGCAAAGGUAUUCUGGUCAAAGGAUACAGAAUUCAAGAGAAACAGCUGCUCUCAAGACGGCAGCUUGUCGUAUGCCACGCAGCCUACACCUUGCUCACGGUUAACUUGACGCACUGCCUGUGCUCCACACGAGAGGGAGAUUGAGUUUGGAAGGGUUACAGUGGGGUUUUCCAGGUGCAGGGCACGGCUUCUCGAAGACUAGAGUCUAGCUCUUGG